UUCCUCUUUUUUUUUCUUCUGUUUUUUUUUGCGCUGCCUGAAGGGGCUGCAGCAGCAAAAAAAUAAAACCUUAUUCCAUAAAAAAAUAACGAUCGUCAUCAUGGAGGCGCAACCGCAACCGCCAACGCCGUCAACUGCACCGCCGUUAUCUUCCGUUGCUCCUCCACCACCACACCUCAACUAUCCCGAUUCAGUCGAUUCCUCUCCGCGGUCUCGUAACACAGACUCAUGGGACGAACCUUUCCCUCCGGCGUCAACAAAACUCCGUCUCAUGUGUAGUUACGGCGGUCACAUCGUCCCCCGUCCACAUGACAAAUCACUUUGCUACGUCGGCGGUGACACUCGAAUCGUCGUCGUUGAACGUACAACCUCACUCGCGGAACUCUCCACGCGCCUCUCCAAAACCUUCCUUAAUGGAAGAACUUUCACUCUCAAGUAUCAACUCCCAAACGAAGACCUGGAUUCGUUAAUUUCAGUUACAACCGAUGAAGACCUAGAAAACAUGAUCGACGAAUACGAUCGAACAAACGCUGCUAAUCCAUCACUCAAACCCUCACGAAUUCGUCUUUUUCUAUUUCCAACGAAACCUGAAUCUGCUCACUCAAUUCCACCGCAAAUCCUUGAUACUUCUGCUAAAUCGGACGAUUGGUUUCUUGAUGCUUUAAACGGCGCCGGUUUGCUUAACAGAGGGUUUUCUGAUUCUGCUUCUGUUAACUGUCUUUUAGGUCUUGAUGAUGAUAUUGGUGGGAAUGGGAAUAAUAAUAUUGAACCGGGUUCAAGAGAAGCUCCUGAAGGUGUUUCUCAACCUGGAUCUUUUGGGAAUUGCAAGAAUUUGAAGCAAGAUGUUCAUUCUGUUCCUGAUUCGCCUAUGUUGGAGACUACAUCGUCUUUUGGUUCGACUUCUUCGUCGCCGUCGUUGGCGAAUUUGCCGCCGAUUAGGGUGCAUGUGGAGGAUGUUGGUUCUGAAAGGGUUAGGGUUCAGCAGCAACAGCAAAUUCAACAGCAGCAGCAGCAGGAUCAGAAUCAAAAUCAGAAUCAGAAGGUUUUAGGGAUUGAGGAACAGUUUGCUCAAAUGGGUGUUGGUGUUGGUGUUAAUCAGAAGCAACAGGACGAGGGUUUUGUUGCGAUGUCUUCGCCGCCUAAUGCUACUGUGCCGCCUACACUUUCUGCGGCGGCGGUUGGUGUUCCGAUUGGUUCUGCUGUGGUUGCUGGUGAAUAUUCGAACAGGGUUUUUUCUGAUGAUGAGAGAUCGGAUCAUGGAGCGGCUGUUGGAUAUAGAAAACCACCAACUCCUCAGCCACAGGUUGUUCAACAACCUCCGGUUCAAACUCAACCACAGACGCAGUCACAACCUCCUCAAUUUCAACAGAAGUCAAGUAGCGGCGCCGAUUUGCCUUCUCCUGAUUCAGUUUCUAGUGACAGUAGUCUUUCAAAUGCAAUGUCGCGUCAAAAACCUGUGAUCUAUCAAGAACAAGUUCAUAUUCAAUCUGGAACUACAAGGGUUCUUAGCAACCCUGUGGAUCCGAAACUCAAUUUGUCGGAUCCACAUGGUAGGAUCCAGGUGCAGCAACAUGUACAGGACCCUGGAUAUUUACUGCAACAGCAAUUCGAACACCAGCACCAUCAGCAACAAUUCGAACACCAGCAGCAACAGCAACAACAACAGCAGCCUCAACAUCAGCCUCAACAUCAGCCGCAGCAGCAGUUUAUACACGGGGGACACUUCAUUCACCAUAACCCUGCAAUUCCUACAUACUAUCCUGUAUAUCCCUCACAACAACAACCCCAUCACCAGGUGUACUAUGUACCUGCAAGACAGCCCCAAGCUUACAAUCUUUCUAUGCAGCAGGCUAAUAUGGGUGAAUCUGCUACAGCAAUCCCUUCUGGCAGACCCCAAAACCCUCCAAACCCCACUACGUUGGUUCAACCAAAUGCAGCUUACAAUCCCAUAAGAAAUACUCCCCUACCCAAAACUGAAAUGACUGCGGCUGCUUACAGAGCUGCAACUCAAGGCAACCCUCAAUUUGUUCAAGUCCCUGCAAGUCAGCAUCAGCAACAAUAUGUCACUUACUCCCAGAUCCACCAUCCAUCCCAAUCCAUGGCACCCAAUUCCACCGCCCCUGCCAAUUAUGCUUAUGAAUAUGCUGAUCCUGCUCAUGCUCAAAUAUACUACUCUCAACCUCUGGCGCCCACAAUGCCUUCACAGUACCAGACUAUGCAAGGUGCUACAAUGAUGCAGCCGGAAGUUUCCGCACAGCAUCCAUCGGACGGCAUGAAGCAACAGAUAAGAACCACACAGCCUCUAUAAGGAGGUUCUACAUAAAAGAAACAAUUUUGAAAAAUUGGUUUGGUUUCCUUUUAAGUUUUAUAUAUGCAGUUCAUGUCGUCGUGUUUGGUACCUGGUUGUGGUAUGUAUUUGCCAUAGAAAAUAAGAAACUGUUAUCAUCUCUGUACUCUUUCUUGUAUUUCAUAUUUUAUAGGAAAGGAAAUCGGUCCAAGGUUAUUAUACUGUAUAAGUUGGAGUCUGAAACAUUAUAUUUGUGAAGUUGAUAUAUCAAUUCCUGAAAUGAUUGUCAUAUAA